AGUUAAAGUCAACUAUCCAGUUUAGUUGGCUGUCCUGUGAAACUAGAGAGCACUUCCUCUCUCUCUCUCUCUCUCUAUCUCUCUCUCUUACUCUUUCUCUCUUUUUUCUUUCUCUGCAUCCCUCUUACUCGUUUUUUCUCUCUAUCCUUAUCGCUCUUUUUCUCUCACUUACUCUCUCUCUAUAUCUUACUUUUUCCCCUCCCUUAGUCUCAAUAUAUCUUUCUUACUUUCACUGUCUCUUGCUCUCUCUCCCUCUCUCCCUCUCCCUAUCUCUCUUUCUUUCUCGCUCUCUCACACUCUCUCUCUCUCUUUCUCUCGCUCGUAAGUUCUCUCUCUCUCUCGCUCAUUCGUUCUCUCUCUCUCUCUCUCUCUCUCUCUCUCUCUCUCUCUCUCUCUCUCUCUCUCUCUCUCUUGGAAAAACUGGAUCCUCCACCUGGAGCUGGAACUUCCGUGUUGUACACCUGUGACAGGUAGGCCAGGUAGGCCUGGGUGGCAGAACUGGAUGCACCUGCUGCGCAGCUAAAAGAACAGCUGAGAAAGGGUAAUAGCUAUAACUAUCUAAGCUUUGUAAAGUAGAGUUUAACGCUGUAGCUGCUGUUUUUAACACAGCUGAAGACUCCCACCUCUCUCCAGCAGUCAUGAGUGCUGAUUACGGACUUUGUGACUUGGCCGUGGUGUCGCUGCGGGACACCGAGCAGGAGGAGGAGGACCCCGGACUCCGGGGGUCUCAGAAGGAGCACAAUAACAACAGCAGGAGCAGGAGCUCGGUGGAGGGGUCUCCUCUCUCUGACACUCUGUCUGAAGACCCCUGGAUAAACGUAAUUCCGUCCCUUUACUCAAACGGCUCGGUGGCGGGGGCGAGCCCCGCGGCGGACUCCGGCUCCCCGGCUGAAGUGAAGCUCUGCCCCGCACACCAGUCGGAGCUGGACCGGUACUGUAACACCGAGCAGAGGCCGGUCUGCUCGCUGUGUGAAACUCUGGGCUCCUGCCAGGGUCACACAGUCACACAGCUGACCGAACGAGCUACGACCGUCAGGAACAAGUUGGUGGACAUCUGUGAGAAGAUGCAGCUGCAAGCGCUGCGGAUCGAACGAUUCAUACAGCACACGCUGACUGCAAAGGAAAAAGCCGUACAGGCGGAGGCGAGCAGUGCUCGAGAGCGGGUGGUGGCUCAGGUGAAUGCAGUGCGGGAGGCUCUGGAGGAGGAGGAGCAGCGUCUGCUGGAGGCCGUGCACAGGGAGGAAGAGCGUGUGGAACAGUGUCUCCUCACCCAGCGAGCACACUGGAGCCAGGCACUGAACACACUCUCCAAUGCACGCACCAGCCUGGUGCACACACUCACACACUCCACCGAUACCAUGCUUGUGAAUUCCAAUCAGGAAAUAUCAGACAGGAUUGAGGAGGCUGAAGGUGUGGGGGAGCCCAAAGACACAGAGCAGUUGAAUUUGAACAGGGACUGCAGUGACAGCAAACUCAUGUUGGGGCUGUGGGCUAGUGCUCUCCUGCUGGGACCAUCUGGUCGUGCUCCAGCUCACCUGCACUUCGACCAGCGCAGCGUCAGCCCUCUCCUCUCACUGUCACCUGAUGGCCGUACGCUCACCUUCCUCCCCAAGCGUCAGCGCCAGUCACCCCCAUACGACCCGGAGCGAUUCGACAGCUGGCCCAACGCUGUCUGCUCAAACCCCAUCACCUCAGGACAGCACAGCUGGGCCCUGGAUGUGGGCACCAGUGGUGCCUUCAAAGUGGGUGUCUGCUAUGCCAGCAUGCAGCGCAAGGGCACAGGCAACGAUGCCCGCUUGGGCUACAACGCCAAGUCCUGGGUCCUUUCACACUAUGAUGGAGACUUCUCCUUCUGCCAUAAUGGGAGGAACAUUUCUGUAGCAGUGGUGAAGAGACCCUCCAAAGUGGCAAUGCUGCUGGACUGGAGCAUGCAGACUCUGCUCUUUUAUGAUCCUGACACUAUGUCCAUUCUGCACACCGUCAGACAGGCUUUUACAGAACCGGUGCUGCCCACUUGUGCUGUGGCUGAUCAAAGUGUCACAAUAGUGCACUGACUGUUGCUGCUUAGCUGAAUGAAGAUAUUUAAAAUAUGAGACUCAAAUACGGUAUAUAUGUAGCUGAACAGUAAUUCACUAUAUGGGAUGAGUUGAGGAGUUGGGAUCUGAUGGAGGGUGGUAAUCAUCCAACAUUCUGGCCGCACUAAUUUUUGCUUAAUGUCGCUUAAUGCUAUCAAAUCCACACAGCAAUGAUCCAAAAUCUUGUAGAAAAUCUGUGGUUCGAAUCCUGUUCACGUAGCUUGCCAUCAGCUACCGGAGCCCUGAGAGAGCACAAUUGGCCUUGCUCUCUCUGGGUGGAAAGAUGGAGCUCUCUCCCCACAUCACUCCAAAAGGGUGAUGUCCACAGUCGCUGCGCUUUCCUCCAAGCGUGCAGAGGCAGUGGCUGACUUCACAUGUGUCGGAGGAGGCAAAUGCCAGUCUUCACCCUCCUGGUGUUGGGGCAUCGCUAGUAAUAGGGGGAGUUCUAAUGAGUGGGUUGGGUAAAUUGGUGAGAAAAAAAUAAAUAAUAUUAUGGGAAAAAAAGAAAGCCUUCCCUAUACAGUAGACAUAGUUACACCAACAACAGCAGAACAAACUCUUUUUAAUACCCCGAUUAAAUACCCCAAAGGUCUUUAACCCUUUCUGCUCCCUGUGUGCUUCAGAGAUGGCCACCGACGAAAACGUUCUUUAAUUGAUAAGGCUUUUAUGAAGGUCAAAUUACUCCACCACUCGAGAAUCUGGUAAAUGUUCCUAAAUGUCUUUUACAGGUCUUUUUGGGGUUUUGGUUUGCCUUCCUACCAAUUAUACCAUCAGUUCUUUCUGAACAUUUUUUUGUCCUUAUUGGUGAUAGCUUGACCCCACCAUUCUAAGUAAAUGCCAUAUCUUAAUUACAUUACGAAUUGAAGAAACAACUAUGUAAAAACACUUUGCUAUCUUGUUUAUAGCCUCUUUAAUGUAUGAGCGUUCUUUGAGGAACUCAUGGCUGCUGAUUGUUGGUACAGUCAAACAUUAUGUAUUCCUUUGUGAUUACAUCAUCUGGCCUUUCCUUAUGAGGACUGUGAACAAGUCAUAGACUUUACAAGCUUAUUUGCUAAUCUGAGACAUCUAUAAAUGUUACUCAAAUAUUUUGGGGUGCCAUAACUUUUGUAUAAACUGUACAAAACAAAAAUAAUAGACUAGCCUUGCCAAAAAAAUAUUUAGCAAUCGACUGAAGCAGGACUUGCCAGUACAAAUUGAUAACUUUACAUCUGAACAUAAUUUUUGUAACUCAGCUGUAAAUCCAUAAUUGCUGGUAUUUGCUUAUUUAGGAGUGUUUUAUCCUCCUCAGUAGCACCAUUGUUGUGAAGUAUCGUAGAGAAUACCAGUAUUCUGAUAUCAUCAUUGUCAUGGGCAACAUGUCGAGAUAAUAUUAUAUUGUGAGAUGCCCUGUCAUUCCCACCCCUAGUAAUAAAGCAUUUGUUCAAAAACAUUAAAAAAUACAACCUCUGAGGAUCCACUGCUCUCUGAUAAAGAAGAACUAACUGCUAGUGCAGCCAGUCUUGCUUGUACAGUAGUUUUAGUAGUAAUUUUAUUUGUGUUUUUGAUGCCUUGAGUUUCUUUAUAUUUCAAGUGGAAUAUUUUUUACUUCAAAAAUAUUUAUUUCCAAGGAUCAUCUGUAUGGUUGCAGAUUGUUCAGAGUGAACCGCUCUUAUUCACAACAUUGACAUUGUUGAGUUAUGAAGGAGUCAAACCUGGAGUAGCAAUAUGUACUAAAGUGCUAAAACGAUUGGUGCUUGAUACAAUUAAAUAUUUACCAGGAAGAUCAGACUUAUACUGUACAGGGUAGCUCCUGGGCAUAUUUUGAAAUGGAAGGUUAUCUGAAUAGGCUACUUUAUUCUAGCAUAGUGAAAUACUAGUGAGUGAUUAUCUGUGUUACUGUUGUCUUUUUGUUAGCUCCAACCAGUCUAGCCUUUAUAAAUUGAUCUCUCUCAUCAAUAAUGCAUCUGUCCAUGCAUAUGUUUUUUCUUUAUUCCACCAUUCACCGAUCAGCAGUUCUUUUUUUAUUCUGAUGGUCGAUGUGACCAUUACCCAAAGCUGCUGUUCCAUUUCUGUAUAUUUGCAUGCACUGCACUGCUGCCAAAUGAAUGGCUAGUUUUUUUGUAGAUUUUGUGUUUUAGAUUUUAUUAUGUAGUUGUUCUGCUUGAAAUUAUUUCUAUGCAAAGAUUUAAACACAAGAUCUACCAUUGUAUAUUUAUUACCGUAUUCAAAGAAAUGCAUGUGUAUAAAGAUUGUUUUCUGAUUUUCAUAUUUUCUGUGUUGUGCAGAAUGGUUUCAGUGGUAUUCUGAUAAAUUUAAUUGAAGGUAAUACCUGAAAACUAUUCUGUAUUUUUGUAUUAUUUUACAUUAUAAUAAUUGUAUAUAUUUAUGACAGAAGUUCAUAUUCUUUUUCUUAUUCUUUCCUAAAUUAAAGCAAAUAAUAAAACAUUUAAAGCCACUUUUCAGGCUCUUGCAUUGUGGGUUCCACCCAGAUAACAGUCACAUCCCCACCUCCCCCUAGAGCUUUACUGGUAUAUUGUAUUUACUGUAGUGUGAUGGGUGUGGAGUAUAUUGCACAUGCCUAGGAUUACCUCUGAUGAGUUUCGACAUGCUCACAUUAAUUAUGAGGAUAAAAAAAUGGAAAUGCUGGAU